AUGAAUUAAAAGCAUUUUAAUUUAUCCACAAUUCAAUCAAGAGAAAAUAUUUUAAAGGAAGAAUAGAUAAAGCAACAUCAUCAAAGGAGAACAAAAAUUGUUUGUUCUAUAAACGAAAAAACGUGCGAAAUCGAUGUCAUUAGAAAUAUGAUAAAAGCGGGUGCUAAUGCACUCAGGUUUAUUGUUAUAAAAUUUUAUUGAUUAGUAUUAACACAGCAUACACACAUAAUAGAAAAUAAUAUGAGAAAUUAAAAAUCAUCAGGGAUUAAUUAGAGUAAGAAUUAGAUCAGACAAUUCCAAUUAAUAUGAUGCUUUAAGGUAAGAUAACGAGAAUAGGCCAAUUAAGAUAACCCGAAAUAUAUUUGAAAGUAUUAUUAUUCUCAAAGAAUAGAAAGGGAAUAUAAUAAGAAUAACCUAAGAUAAUAAAGUGAUUGGAGAUGAAAAUAUCAUUUGUGUAGAUUAAGAUGAACUUUUUACACAAGCAAAGGUUGGAGAUUAAAUAUACAUUGAUUAUAGUUAAGUUGUGCUAAAGAUCAAAGCAUUAGAAACUGAUUAAGAGUAAAAAUUAGAAGAAAUUACAUAGGGCUAAAUCGAUAUUAAUGGAAAAAUAUCCAGAUUUGUAUCCCACAGAAGCGAUAUUUAGAAACACUAUAUUUGAGUAAGAUAAAUCAGAAAAAAGUAAAAUGUAGUCUAAAAGUUCUUUAUCAAGUGAUAAUUCAAGAAGCGGUUCAUCAACUUAAUUGUAAUCAAAAAAACAAAAAUAUAUUGAUUAAAUCAUUCAAAAUAAAAAGCAAAAACUUGCUACAAAAACUUUAGUAGUUUUCAUUUGUCAAAUUGAGUAGAAUUGUAAAAUUAUACCUCAAUAUAAGGCUUAAUGAGACCAUUUAAACCUUUAUUUAUAACAAAUAAAACAACAGAAUAAAAAUAGAUAGUAAAAGAGUCAAAUGACAGUGAUGAAGAAAUAGAAACAUAGAUAACCUCUAAAGAUAUCAAUGAUUUCACUAUUGCCAAAAGAUUAGAUUUCGAUUCAAUAACAUUGUCAAAUGUUAGUAGGCCUGAGGAAGUGCAUGAAGUUCUUAAAUAUCUUUAAAAUAGUUAAAACAUUUAUUAGGCUCCUCAACUAAUAUUCAAAUUUUGGUUAGAAUAACAACUUAAGAAGGGAUAAAUAAUUUUGAAAAAAUAAUGGAAAUAGCCGAUGGUUGUAUAAUUGCGAGAGCUUAUUUGGCAACUUGGGCAUAAAUUGAAGACGUUGUAUAAAUGUAGCAUGACAUGAUAUUAAAUUGCAGAUAACUUGUUAAACCUGUAAUAUUUUAAUUAAUUAGGUAUUAAUUUCAACUUAAAUUUUGGAAUCUAUGCUUACUUAAACAAAUCCUACUUUUGCUGAAAUGGGAGAGAUCGCAGAUGUAGUUGAAUAACAUAUUGAUGGUAUCAUGCUAUCAGGUGAAACUACUUAUGGAAAUCACCCAAUCAAAGUUGUUUAAGCUUUAGCAAGAAUUAGCACAAAUAUCGAAAUGCACACUAGAUUGUAAUAUCAAGGAAAUUUUUAAAUAAAAAUACAAGAGAAUCCGAUUGCUUCGAUUAUAGCAUAAAAUGCAAUUUAAAACGCCUACAGGUAUUUUUGGAUUAAAUUAGUCUGCGUGCUAAACUUAUAUUAUUGUUUACCACAGGCGAAACAGCUUUAAGUUUAUCAAAACUGCAUUCUCCUUGCCCUAUAGUUGCAGUUACUGCAAAGAAAACUAUUGCUAGAAAUCUUAAUAUUGUGAAUGGUGUGAUUCCAUUUCUUGUUGGUAGUUUAGUUGGAAUUGAAUAGUAAAUCAUUGAAAAAAUUUAGAAUAACUCCAAGAAUAUUGGAAAAUUUUAAGUAAAAAGGAUGGAUUAAACAAGGAGAUUAUAUAAUUAGUAUAUCUGGCUUGUUUGGAACAUAAGAAGGCAUAAUCAAUCAGAUGACUAUUUUGCUUAUUUGA